AUGGGGAAUAGCAUUGGGUGGGGGACGACGCGGGGGAGCGCGACGGAGAGGAUGGGGGAGUGGGGGGGGGACCGCGCGGUGAUCCGCCCGUUGCCCUUCCUUGUUCCCGUCGCCCUCCCUUCCCGUCGCUCUCCCUUCCCGUCCUCUCCCUUCCCGUCCUUCCCCUUGCUCUCCCUUCCCGUCGCCUUCCCUUCGCGUCGCCCGCACAUCUCCCGUCCCCGUCUGCUCGAAUCGGCCCCUUCCCUUCCUCUCGUCCCCUCACAAUCCCUGUCUCCCUCUCUCCCCGUCGCCCUCGCAAACCCCGUCAUUUUUCUCCCCGUCUCCCUCGCAAUCCCCGUCAAUUCUCUCCCCGUCGCCCUCGCAAUCCCCGUUAAUUCUCUCCCCGUCGCCCUCGCAAUCCCCAUCCAUUCUCUCCCCGUCACCCUGCCAUCCGCGCCUCGCCGCCCUCGCCUUCCCAAUGGACUCCCUUCCCAUGUCGCACACGUCCCUGCUUCCACCCCUCCCCUGCCCUGCUUUCUCCCCUCCCCUGCCCUGCCUCACCCCUUCCCCUUCCCUGCUUCCCCAUGUCCCUUGCCCUGCUUCGCCCCAUCCCCUUCCCUACUUCCCCCAUCAUCUUCCCUGCUUCCCCCCAUCCCCUUCCCUGCUUCCCCCAUCAUCUUCCCUGCUUUCCCCCAUCCCCCUCCCUGCUACCCCCCAUCCCCCUCCCUACUUCCCCCCAUCGCGUGCCCUGCUUCCCCCCAUCCCCUGUCUUGCUUCCCCCCAUCCCUUUCCCUGAUUCCCCCCAUCCCCUACCCUGCUUCCCCCCAUCCCCUUCCCUACGUACACGCAUCCUCUUCCUUUCCCCGUAUCCCCAACCCUGCUUCUCCCCAUCCUCUUCUUUCUUCCCGUUAUCCCCUCCCCUGCUUCCCAGCCGCGUUGAGGCUGCUCAAGCUGCUGCGGCUGAGGCGGUUGGGGCAGGCGACGCAGCAGCUGACGUAG